UUCAUAAUAUUUCCUUAGAAGUUUAUAGAAAAAAACUGAGGAGGACUCCACCUGUGAUUGAAGAGAUCUUAUGAGAUCUUUGUGGUUUACAGUUGGAUACAAACUGUCAAUGACACAAACAAAAAAAGAGAAAGAAAAAAAAUAUAUAGACUGAAUUUUCUCUUUUCUUUUUUUUUUAUUCUAGCUUUAAUACAAGAAUACAAGAACAAGAACUUAGAGUACGCCUUUGAUCCUUUGAAAUGAAACAACACGAACAUUUGCUUUGACUUAAAGGAUUCAUUGCCGUUACUAACCAUCCAUAGAGCAGCGCGGCUGGUUGCUGUUGUUUUGUUUCUUCAUUAUGAAACAGAGUAACAAGAAGAAUAAAUGAUAAAGUUAGAGGAUGGGACAGGCAGCCUCAGAGGGAAGGGAAGCAGUGACGGAACACCAAAGAAGACGACGACGACGACGACUGUUCUCACAACACCACCACCAGGAGAAUGACUGUGGCCACUGUAACAGAAACAAGAAACAUGUCUUCUUGCAGUGCAUUCAAUUAAAGAUGUCCUCUACUCAGCCGGGCCAGGACGACCCAUUUGUCCUUGGGGGCUACAUUACCUCAGGGGUCUCGGUCUACCAGGUGGAGUCAUUUCUAGGUCGCGGCACUUACGGCAAAGUUGUCAAGUGCACACGAAUGGACGACCAAAAGACUGUGGCCAUAAAAAUUAUGAAAUUGGAGCCAUGUGUCAGUUAUGAAGUGGAGGCGCUGAGAAAAAUUAAAUCCCUCGACCCGGAGGAAUGCAGCCUGGUACAAUGGCACAGUUUUUUCAUCGACAAAGGAAAUAUUUACCUGGAGUUUGAGCAUCUGGAUAAAAGUCUGUUCGAUUAUAUUUGGGGAAGGCAAACCCAUCAUCUCUAUCUGAAGGAAAUAAGACCCAUUGUCCAGCAACUGGCCAGUGCUUUAUGUCACCUAAAGACUAUUGGGAUCGUACACGCAGACCUCAAGUUGGAAAAUGUAAUGCUUGUGGAUCAGCUGAAGGAGCCCUACAGGGUGAAAAUCAUCGACUUCGGCCUCGCCUUUGAGGUGUCGUCUGCCAAAGUGGGCUCAUGCAUCCAGUCCUGUGCGUACAGAUCUCCAGAGAUCAUCUUGGGUCUCCCCUUCACCGAGGCUGUAGAUAUGUGGUCGUUGGGCUGCGUCACUGCUGCCAUGUACCUGUCGACUCUACUCUACCCUGGCAGAUGUGAAUAUGAAGUGAUGCGCUACAUGGUAGAAAUUCUAGGUCAGCCUCCAGAUUCAAUGCUUUCCAAUGGGCAGAAAACGAGUCUAUAUUUCGAGAAACAUCUUGACUCGACGGAGACUUUGUGGAGACUUAAGACACCAGAGAAAGUACAAGGAGAGAUGGGAAUUGAACCGAAGGACAUGAGGGAGUUGGUGUUGACCUCUUUAGAAGACAUCCAGCAUGUGUGGGGUUUCAAGUCGGAGGGUUCUGAAGACAAAGUCGUCGAAGCAGCAGACAGGCUGGCGUUUGUAGACAUGCUAAAGGCAAUGUUCCAACUUGAACCUGCCAAACGUAUGACUCCCACUGAGGUGGUAGACCACGAUUUUAUUAGCAUGCGACACUUCGCCGGCAUGUACAAGCGCAACACGCAUGUCUCUUCGUGUUUUCAAUUAAUGGACACCUGUGUGAACAUGAACUCAACCUCUGACAAAUACAGAACCUCAAACAAGUCAUCAUUAUCGUCCAGAUGUGAAAGGCUUGACCAACGGAAUCGUGCUGUUUUAGAUGUUGGAAGCAGAACGGCCAGAGCCGACCGCGUCUGUACCGCGAGGUCAAACGUGUCAAGGAUGAGCGCAGAGAGUUAUAACGAAGAUGUGGGUUCAUCAAAAAGAACCUCUGUUCCUUUGAAAACUGACAGGACUGUGAAGGAAAACUCUGCAGAUUUACCUAGCUUAAAUGACUCUGUCAGCACGAGGAUGGCUUGUUGUCACAUUUCUGACUCUAAAUACAAUGAUGGGAAGAGAUCCUCCUCCAAAUACAGUAGCUUGACUCCAACUUGUAGUCAAUCAGCAGUAAAUAAAAGUCAGGUCCAGGACUACAACUGGAAAUCAUCCACUGAGAAGCAGAACAAUGGAAGUUCUGCAAGUUCAUCCAUUUCAACCGUAAAGAGUCAUCUCAAAAUACGUCCGAACCAUUCCCAGAUUUUGGAUUUUAACUCUGACUCAUCAGCUCACAGUGGGAUUAGAGCCAAUAAAUGGUCUCCAGAUUCAUCUAUCUUAAAGCACAGAGUUGGUUCACAGGGUGCUGUGUCUACAGUGAUUAAUGGGUUGGAUAGUGGUGAAAAUAGUAACUCUAACUACAGGCUUCCAUUCAACGCAAAUUGCAGUAAAUUCCCUGUUUUCUCUCGGGGCAAGGAAAGGAUGGAUGACUAUCAGAUCUCUGAUUCUAAAUACAAUCUGUCAGCUAACUAUGAGAUUAGAAAGAGUGAACGCUCUGCUGUGCCAUCUACUUCAAAAAGGAUAACUCAGAGUGGUGGCUCAGUAUUGGUUAACACAAAGUUGGACGGUUGUCAAGUCGGUGGCUCUGACCACAAACAGCCAUCUUAUAAGGAAAAUGAACCAACACAAUUCCAAAAAAGCUGGAAACAGAGCUGCAUGUCAUCGAAUUCCAAAACAAGACUAGUUAAUGUUCAAGACUCAUCUUUCUGCUCAGCUAACGAGGGGGAGUAUUUGAGUGAGUGCUCUGAAGGAUCAUGCGUCCCAACAUUCCAAAUCCAGACGGAGAGUUGUGUCCUGUCAAAGCUGGAUCAUUAUCUAAUUCCUUCCUAUAAAAACGCCUCAGGUCACAUGGAUAAAAACAACCGAAAAUCUCCUUUGGGUUUAUCUACAGUUCCUGGCAGGAGACGGGACCAGAUAUGUGUCUCAUCAGAGGUUAGAAGAAGACUGGAUCAUCUGAAAAAGUCUGACCACAGCCUCAACAACAAUCAUACUGGGGCCGGUAAAUGCUGUGCUCUUUCAUCACCUUCCAACUGCAGAAGUCAGACCAAAUGCUGUUUCUCAUGUGAGGUUAACAGAAGGCUGGAUCAAAGUCAAAUCUCUGACAGUGGCCACAACCCGUCAACUCAUGAUAAGAAGAAGGUCGGCAAAUCCUCCUCUGCCUCGUCUUCUUUAAACUGGACAAAUGGAAAGAGUCCCAGUAACGCCUCGGCAGAAGCGGAAAGACGAACGGAUCAUUGUAAAAUCCCCGACUGUGCCUACAGUAUGUCCCAUCACAAUGAGCAGGCUAGAGAAUGCUUUACUAGUUCACACAGCUCCUCCUGCAGGAACCUGACACAAAGUUGCGUCUCAUCAGAAAUCAAAAGAGAGCUGCUUCAGAAGUACCUUCACCUUAAACUGCAAGAGCCAGAGACGGAGGUCUCAAAACACGGGGAUUGACCAGGAGUAAGCGAGGAUUGAUCAAGAAUGCAGGCCAUCCCUCUGUAAUCCCAGACAGGUCUGUAAAACCAGGCACCAAUCCUUCUGUCUGUUAACAGCUUAUUGGGAUCUAAACACCAAAAUGUAUACCUUAUGUUGACCUUACAGGUAUUUUUUCUCCAUGGCCAUAGGUAAAAGUAGUAAUCAGUCCAGAGUUGUCAUCCAAUGGAAAUCAGGGGACUAUUAUAAUUUAAUAAUAUGCGUUCUACGUUGUAGGUUUUUGUGAAAAACACCAAACAAUGUCAAUAAGGUAAUUAUUUUGUACAUUGAAAAAACAUAAUCCCCGCAGAACUGGUAAAUGCCACAGUUUAGUUGCAGCUUAACAAAGUUUCCAAACAGUCUUAUUUUAAUGUUCUUGUGAAAUAAUAAGCCAUCAAUUUUCUUAGAGCGGCCACAAAAACAUCAAGACCAACAGCUGUGCUUUCCGAGGCUUUAAUUGUUUUGCAGUUGGGUGUCAUGGCACCAUUCUGUGGUGUUGUAAUUAAACCUUGUGGCCACUGGCUGCAUACAAAUUAGUCGCUAUCAUGAGGGAGAGAGUUUUAGAAGCCGUGGCUCUAAUUCAUCUGAAAGGCAGGAAAGAGAGAACCACGUGUUGAUAGUGUUGCUUCUUACAUGAUGUGCUUUGCGUUAACAGAGAUUCUGCCUGUCAGUUAGGCCCAGUGCUGAGGGCUGAGUAGAUAGGCUGCAGCUUAAAGAAAGAUAAUGUUUGCUGCAUCAUCACACUGGUUGUUAACUUGUACGUCUCGUAUAACAACAAUCAAUGUACAUCUUUUAAGAUGGAUGAAUGGAUGCAUUCAUUUCAGUUUUUCUU